AUGAGAGCCACUGGUGAUGUUAUAGCAGUCGAAGAAGACAGUGCUUGGUCUCUAACUAGCAGCGAUACAAAUACUUCAUCGAGACAAAGCAAGAGCAAAGGAACUCUGGUUAUUCUCCCGACGACUCCCGACCACUCUUACCAAACAGAUGACAAAUUCAGGGAAGACAGAGUUUUCAAGAAAAUCCAAAUCAAUAAGAAAUGUGGACUCUGCUUCUUGUUCUGUGGCAAGAAAUAA